CUAAUCAUCUGGGCCCAGUUUUAUAAAGUUACAAGUUACAGGUUACAAGAGUACAGGCUACAGGCACCUGUAAUGCACUGUGAACGGCUACAGGUGUUUUAUAAAUACACACAAAUAAUUACAGUUGUAAAGAACCACGGUCAAUCUCGAUUACAUGUGACAUCUACAGGUGUGAAGGACAUCACUAUUUAAAAAAAAAACUUCUGUCAUAGAUACUCUGUGCUCUACUAAAUGCUGUCGUUAUACUGUCGUUAUUGUUUGCUGUAAAAUUUUAAAUAUUGGAAAAAUGGGCAGAAAUGAAGGAAAAAUCGAGUGGUUGAGAGCGGUGUUCGAAGCCAAGGAUAUACUUUUUGGGCCGUUUUCAGAUACAUUAACAAAAACUGACAAGGUAUUGGCAUGGAAAAGUAUGCAUGCCCUGGCACAAUCGUUGGCGUUGGUGCCUAACAAUAAAGAAUAUACAUAUACCAGGGACACAUUCUGGCAAAACUUGAGGAAGAAUGCAGUGAAAAAACGAGAUAACAGCCGGGCCACUGGGAGUGGAACCACCAAAUUUACGAAUAUCGAUGAAAUGGUGUACAGCAUCAUCGGGAAGGAGUCACCAGUCCUGGUAGGGCUCCCUGUUGCAGAGUCUGGUGAAGUAGUAACUGAAAGGCAUAGUAAUCCUUUAAAUUCCAUUGGUAUUGAUGGCAAUAGACUAACUUCUACGAACAACAUAGCACAUGGUGAACCAUCCAAUGCCUCUGCACUUGCCAAGAAGACAAGCACCAACCGGACUGCAGCCCCGCAACACAAAAUACAAAAAAAAAGAAUGCAAGAUCUGAAAUAUAAAAAACAUUUUUUAAUGGUUCAGCUUUUAGAGAAGGAAAACUAUUUAAAAGAGUUGAAAAUUAAAAAAAUAGAAAAAGAACUGAAUAUAGAUUCCAAUGAAAGGGCCAAACAAGCCAACAGCAACAACAACAGCAAACAAAUGAAUGAAGAUGCCAGCAGCAGUGAUGAAGAACAAUAUGAAGUUGACUAUUUAGAAGAAAUGGAAGAUUCUGAAUAGUCAACUCCAUAAAUAAUUAUUCUUCUUUUACAUAUUGAAAAUAGAGACUUUGCAUAGCUGGUGUAAAAAUAUUGUUAGGAGUCACCUUUGCUGUUCUGAUGUAUCUGUUUGCGACUGUGCA